UUUUCGCCAACUUUUUCUCCCAUCUCGCCCAAACGCCUCACCCGAUUCUCUCACAUCACGACGCGUCGUCCCAAUCAAGAUCACCAAUCAAACAACACUCACCGAACUCAACUCAGAGUGGGGCCCCCGCAACUCCUCGACCUUUAUCCCUCUCUGUGUCGCUCCAUACGAUCGUCGGACGCACCAAUCUAGCGCGCGUGCGCGCAAACGGCUAGUGUAUCUCACGAUACAGCGAGUCAACAAGCUUUUUGUCGACGAGUAGAACGCGUGGGAGACGUUUGAAUGAAUAUGGGAGAUGCGAAGACGAAAGGAGCGUUUGGCGGCCGCACACACCUCAGAAUCCAUCUCAUCAACGGUAGCGUGCGUUCAAUCAAGUGUACAGAGCGUGUGGAGAUGCAAGAUAUCGUGCGACUCGUCGUGUCGCGCAUCAAUGCUGACGCCGGCGUAGUGUCGAAACACUUCUCGAUACGGAUGCAACACGAGCGCACGGGCGAGGCCUACUGGUUGGCGUUCAAUCUCUCGCUUGGGGACGUCCGGCAGCGCUAUGAGGCUCGGUAUCCGAGAGAGGAGUGGAAGUACGUGUUGAGAAUCCGCUUCCUGCCGAGAAGCAUCCACGAGCUGCUACAGAAAGAUCCGACCGCCUUCCAAUAUUUUUAUGACCAGGUGAAAUAUGACUAUAUGGCCAGCUCGGUCAGUGCAGCCGAGUACGAAAUCGCCAUCCAACUGGGAUGUCUAGAAAUGAGACGUUUUUUCAAGCAUAUGCCACAAGCUGCUCUAGCCAAGAAGUCGAAUUUUGAUUUUUUGGAAAAGGAGGUCGGACUGUGCAAGUUCAUUCCUGAUCAAGUUCUGGAGGCGACGAAGUCGAGGAAGCUUCAACGAAGCAUCUUGUCAUACUUCAAGCAGUUUGCAUCCCUCGAUGAGGACGCGUGUAUGAUCAAGUACUUUGAGAUCUUGUCGAAGCACAGACGGAUUGAUAUCGACAAAUUUGACUGUGAAGUUGGGAGUGGCGUUCACAUUCCGGUUACCGUGUUGGUUGGACCGACUCAGGGAAUCAGCUACAUCACCGAACAGUCUCUAUCAGAGUCACACAUGGCAAACUUCUACCAGAUCGGAGAAGUGAACAUCGCGCCGAUGGACUCGAAGAGAACUGCCGUUCGUAUUGACUGUCAUAGUGGCCCAGAGCCUAUCGUUUUCACGUGUCUCUCCGCCAAGACGGCAUACGAAAUGGCAACCCUAGUCGACGGCUACUGUCACUUAUACGCAAACACCAGAAUGUCAGUAUUCAAACCAAUUGAACCGGAUGCGUAUCGAUCCAGUGUUGCGUCGUAUAGCUCGGUGGUGAGUAGUAACACAAAGGGUGAUGAGAUGUCUCGGUUGGUGAGUCCGCCUCCGCUGCCGGAUACGUUGCGACCGAAGCUGCCUCGAGCUCCUGCCUCGACGCCUCCAGCGUCUACGGGUGCGACGAUGAAAGCUUUGAGGUUGUCGACGGUGUCAGAUACAACCGAUUACGCUGAAGUUAUGUUGACAGAAGAUAAGGAAGGCACUUAUUCGGAGCCAUCUGCGAAGGCUUGGGCAGUUGAUCGAAAUAAAGUGAUUCUUGGGCCACGAGUUGGAGAAGGUCAAUUUGGAGACGUACACAAAGGAACUAUGGACGGCAAAGAAGUAGCAGUCAAGACAUGCAAGGACACUGCAACGAAGGAAGAGAUGAACAAAUUUAUGGAAGAAGCCACUACCAUGGAGCAGUUCUCUCAUCCUCACAUCAUUAAGCUCUUGGGCAUUGUGACCGAAAAGCCUAUCUACAUUAUCAUGGAAUUUGCUCAGCUAGGAGAGCUGCGUAGCUACUUGUUAGACAGAGGGCUACAGAUUCAACAGAUGACUCUCGUAAGCUACUGCUACCAGAUCAGUUCAGCUUUGUCAUAUCUGGAAUCCAAGAAAUCCGUCCACAGAGACAUUGCGGCUCGUAAUUGUCUUGUUUCGAGUCCGGAAAUAGUAAAGCUUGCUGAUUUUGGUUUGUCGAGAUGGGUCGAGCACAACGACUACUACAAGGCAUCAAGAGGCAAACUACCCAUCAAGUGGAUGGCUCCCGAGUCAAUCAACUUCCGGAAAUUUUCCGGUGCCAGCGACGUGUGGAUGUUUGGUGUGUGCGCAUGGGAAAUCAUGUCUCGUGGUGUGAAACCGUUCUUCGGUGUCAAGAACAAUGAUGUCAUCGGAAAGAUUGAGGACGGUGAGCGGUUGCCAUUGCCGUCCGAUUGUCCGCCUGAUCUCUAUCAUCUUAUGAACGAUUGUUGGGAAUAUGAGGCGUCGAAGCGGCCCCAGUUUUCCGAAGUGAAGAGACGGAUAUUUGAAAUUCUUGGGUACGAGAAGAAAUUCGUUGAAGACGAGAAGAGGAAGAAAGCAAGACGGCCUAGUAAAAAAGACAUUUUCGGUGUACAACCACCGCCAAAGCCCAAUCGUUCCGUGGCAUCAUUCCCCAAACCAGACGGCGAUAACUCUCCAUUCAACAGGAAACGCCUUGACAGUGAGUGGCUCACACACACAUGGAGUUACAGUAUCAAGAUCACGAUCCGACGACCCGCUCUCGCCUCAAAUCGGAAAUUUAUCGGUCGACGACAGUGCAUACACAUACAUCGAAACCGCUCGAUGCCUUUUGUUCCCGCACACUAUGACGUUCCACGGAAACCAACGAUGGAGGCUACUCAGUCGAUUGGCAAUCGUGGACGCAGACCGUUGUCGAUGAGUUCGUUUCCGAGUGAGAACGCGGGACUGCAGGCGUUUGACGAUGCCGAGCUUCAUCACAGUUGGUCGUCGGAGUCAAUCAAGAGUCACGACUCGACGUUGUCGAACGGCUCAACGGGCGACGAACAGGAGAAAGAGGAGAGGAGACUGCAGAGGAAGAAAGAGAGGUUGGAGAGAGAGCAUGAGAAUCGACUCAAACGAGAGAUGAUGUUGCGGAAUCAACAGGAAGAGUCAUCGAAGGACGAUCAGUGGCUCAAGCAGUCAGAGAGACACUCGACGUAUGCUGUGUCUGCACAGGUUGCCGCACAGCUUGUUGAGAAGGCAAUAAAGGACAAGCAUGCCGGGUUGAUACCCGAGCAACUGUCGCCAACCGACGAACAAUCAGGAGCAACCACACCCGAGUGGCUCAACAGAGCAUCCAACCCCUCAUCGCCAGCAGAAAGUCCACGCUCAUCCCAAAGUCCAGGAGCCAAUCAUCAGACGCUCAUUGAGAGUGCUAUUUCAACUACCAAAGAAGUCGAGCAGCUAUUGGCCAGCGAUGAUCACAGCCGGUCGGCAUCACCGGGAUCAACCGGAAGUCGAACGAAAAACUCGCCUACACUUAGUAAUGGAAAUCCCGGGCAUUCGCAGUUGUUACACACGGUGACGACGGAUCGGAUUGUUGCUCAGACGACGGAACUGAUUCGCUCUGUGAUCACGAUGAGUUCGGACGUUCAGCGCAACAGAGCCGACACGUACCUUGGCCAUGCAAAGAAAGUUGGGGCGUUGGUUCGAAACCUACUCGAAGAUACGCAUAAAUUUUUGCUGACACUGCCACUGGCGAAACACAAAGAGAUCCAGAUGGCACACGCCGUGAUUGUGUCCGACAUGUCACAGUUGGUGCAGAAGAUCAAGACGGCAGUACAGAACAAGCACACAACGAUGGCCGACGAAUACGGACGCGGCGUGCUCGCAGCGGGUCACAGUCUCGCUCAGGACGCACGAAUUCUGUUAGAGGCUGUGCAGACGGCUGCAGUCUAGUUGGUCGUCUCGUGGCUCGUAUUCAGGCUCGAGCAAUUAGAAUUGUAAUUAUGUUUGCAAAUGUAGAUUGAGUGUUUUCGAGAUCACUGCAACGUAUCGGUUGCUGAAACUAGAUACAGAGUUUAAUAUUGUAAUGAAUCUUAUAAUAAUAUACGGGACAUUUAU